ACAGUGGCAUAGUAAAAGCUCCAUUAAGGUCUAAAAUGCAUUAGACAUAUCUAUUUAGGCAGUCGUGCUAGGGUUAAUGAGCUGACCUGGCUCUUGUUUGUUUGCAGGUAGGCAGAGUAAUUACUCCAUUACCUUCUUUAAAUGCUGCUUGCAGGGAUGUGGUGUAGGGCAAUGAACGCUCCCUGCGCUUGGAUACCGCUUUAAGCUUGCACUGUCUGGUUAAUGAUUGACAGCUUCACUGGAGGUAGAAAAGCACGCGCACAUGAGGCACUGUCGGGUAUUAACAUUAACUCUCAGAGUUAGAGCGCUUAACCAUUCCUGCAGGUGUUAUUCAGAUGGCCAUCCUCCGGAGCGCAAUGUGUUUUCUGUGGCUGUUCCUGAUUCUCGGUUCGUGCGCUUUUUGGAAGCGGCUUGUAGCGGAACCAGGCGCCGGGAUUCGCACGUGGGACAGGUUCAGUAAACUGCCUUAUCCGGAGGAUAAAGCAUUCCUGUACGACACGUUCCCCGAGGGCUUCAUAUGGGCCGUGGGCACCGCCGCAUAUCAAGUGGAGGGCGCAUGGCAAAAGGACGGCAAGGGCAAGUCGGUCUGGGACACUUUCACUCGCGCAGGUAGUCGGGUGGUCACGGGCGAUGUGGGCAGCGACAGUUACCACAACAUGGCGGGAGAUCUGCGCGCGCUCCAGCAGCUCGGUGCCACGCACUACCGCUUCUCUCUGUCGUGGCCGCGGAUUUUCGCCAACGGCACGAGAAGUACUUACAACGAAAAGGGAGUUGAAUAUUACAAGAGUCUCAUCCUCGGACUGAAGAGGAUCAGAGUGGAGCCCGUGGUGACUCUGUAUCACUGGGAUUUACCGGAGAGCCUGCAGAACGCGUACGGAGGCUGGAGCGACCCUGUGCUUGUGGACCUGUUCAGGGAUUACGCAGAUUUUUGUUUUCAAACCUUCGGCUCAAAUGUGAAGUUUUGGAUCACAAUGGACAAUCCGUUUGUCGUGGCCUGGCACGGAUAUGGGACGGGAGUUGUGGCACCUGGGAUUAAAAAUGAUCCAGAUAUGCCUUUUAGAGUUGGGCAUAAUCUUUUAAAGGCUCAUGCUGCAGCGUGGCAUGUGUAUGAUGAGUGCUAUCGUGCCCGUCAGGGAGGGAGAGUGUCCAUAGCUCUGGCUUCCCACUGGAUCAAACCCAGCAGGACGAGGCAGGAGAGUCGAAGGGCUUGUCAGUGCUCGCUGGACUUCGUGCUGGGCUGGUUUGCUCAUCCACUGUUUGUAGAUGGAGAUUAUCCACCGUGCAUGAAGCACAACCUCACGCACAGACUACCAUCAUUUACUGAGGCAGAGAGGCAGUAUGUUAAUGGCACUGCUGAUUUCUUUGCCCUGUCUCAUGGGCCUGCUCUCAGUUUCCAGCUGAUUAAUGACAGCCUGCGCUUCGGGCAGAUUGAGGAUCUGGAUCUACGCAUGCUUCUCUUCUGGGUUCACUCAGAGUACAACAAGCCUCCCAUCUUUGUGGUGGAAAGUGGUUGGUUUGUCAAUGGCAAUACCAAGACAAAGGAUGCCAAGCACAUGUACUACCUCAAACGUUUCAUAGUGGAGACUCUGAAGGCAAUUCGACUGGACAAAGUGAAUGUGUUUGGAUAUACUGCCUGGUCAUUGCUCGAUGGCUUUGAGUGGUAUCGGGAGUAUGGAAUACGGCGCGGUCUUUACUACGUAGACUUCAAAUCUGAUCACCUGACGAGAGAGCCAAAGACCUCAGCCAUGUUUUACAGUAAAUUAAUCGAGAAGAAUGGCUUUCCUCAACUCCCCGAGAAUAGGCCUCUUGUUGGUGUUUUUCCGUGUGAUUUCACAUGGGGAGUGGCUGCAAACUCCAUACAGGUGGAGACUACACCAAUGCAGUUUGUUGACUCAAGUGUGUACAUCUGGAACAUCUCAGACAAUGGAAAACUGAAAAAGCUGGAGGGUGUGGAAGUCCCCAUGCACAGAAGGCGCCAUUGUGUUGACUUUGCUGCAAUCCGGCAACAAGUAUCAGAUAUCCAACACAUGCACGUUUCCCAUUUCCACUUCUCCCUCAACUGGUCCUCUAUAGUUCCUACAGGUCGUGUAUCAGAAGCUAAUGACACCUUGCUAAGCUAUUACCACUGCUUUGUUAGUGAGCUCCGGAGAGCCAACAUCACCCCAGUGGUCACUCUUUGGCACCACACUGGAAAACUCUCCAGUCUACCUGUGCCACUGGAGAACAACAGAGGUUGGCAAAGUGAAGAGACAGUGCAGGCCUUUGCUGGUUAUGCUAGGCUGUGUUUUCAAAGGCUUGGGGAUCAUGUUAAGUUGUGGAUCACUCUGAACGAACCCAAUGAUGAAAACCUUGGCUAUGCAGUCGGCCAUCAGUUGCUUCGCGCCCAUGCUCUAGCCUGGCGUGUGUAUGACAGUGAGUUUCGCCAGUCACAAGGUGGGAAAGCCUCUUUGGUGCUGCAUAUGGACUGGGUUGAACCUGCAUUUUCUUUCAACCGAGAAGACAUGGCCCCUGCGAAGCGAGUUCUGGAUCUACGUGUGGGUUGGUUUGCAGAACCCAUCUUCGGCAGUGGAGACUAUCCACCAGUGAUGCGCCAGUGGCUCCAGCAGCGAAACACUAUAGACCUGUUUAACUACCACUUACCCACAUUCAGUGAAGAAGAUCAACAACUGGUCAGAGGCACCUAUGACUUCUUUGCCCUCAGUCAUUUCACAACCUCCAUGGUGUACGAUGAAGUGGAGGAUAAGUACUUGUUCAAGGACACAUUAGAGGUACAGCUGAUUUCAGAUGUAACCUGGAUAAUGUCUCCAAGGCGUAACUCUCCAGUGGUUCCUUGGGGCCUACGCAAAGCCCUCAACUGGGUUGCUUCACAUUACAAAGGUGUGCCAAUUUAUGUCAUGGCCAAUGGGGUUCAAGAAGACAUAGCCAAAUUCAAAGACAGUCUACGAGUUUACUAUCUGUACAACUAUAUCAAUGAGGCCUUAAAAGCAUACGCACUGGAUGGAGUCAAUUUGAAAGGCUACUUUGCAUACGCAUUUAAUGAUCGGCAUGACCCUGGCUUUGGCAUGUAUGGCCAUGUGCAGGAGGAGGACAUAGUGAAAUCUUCUCUAACCCACUACAAAAAAAUUAUUGACAAUAAUGGGUUCCCAGUCCCCGGUAGUCCCCCACAACCCUGUCCCCACCCACCUGAACACUCACCUGUGUGUCAUGUGCUGGCCAAGCGCCCUGUUGUGGGCUUCAUCUCUUUGGUUGCUUCUGCCAUGCUAAUUACUAUGGGUGUUAUUAUAUACUAUUGCACAAAAAGACCUAAAUAACUAAGAGUGUGAUUUGGGUUAGUUAAAGCUAAGGAGCUAGAGGAAGUGCUACCUAUUUUCAGCUACUGCUGCAGACUACUGACUGCUAAAUUCGAAAUACACACUGUAUAUACCUAAAUGCACUCAGAUUGAAAUAUAAAGCUCAUUUUUGGUUGUAUUUUACAGUCAAAGAUUUGCAUCCAGGGAUGUAGAAUUCUUUAUUUUAUCUGAUCAUAUAUACAGUCCCCUCAGAAACUAUUGGAAUGGCAAGGCCAAUUAUUUAUUUUAUUUUUUUUUGCUUCAGACUGAAGACAUUUGGGUUUGAGAUCAAAAGAUGCAAAUGAGACGAGUUUAGAACUUCAGCUUUUAUUUCCCGGUAUUUAUAUGUAUAUUUGUUUAAACAACAUAGAAUAUCGCACAUUUAGCAUCAGACCACUCAAAACAGCAAAGAUAUUGGAACAUGUCACUGACAGUUGUUUCUUAUCCUGUUAGAUUGAUUGUUGAAACAAUAAAUAGCACUGAAAAUCUACUGUUGCAGAGUUUGUACAGUUGCUUCAUAAUGAAAUUCCAGGACUUUCAAGGACUUUUCAAGCACUAUUUUUUUUGUUUUCAAGGGCUGUACAAGAUAUGUCAUUCAAGCAUAUUCUUUAAUUAUUCUUUUUAAAUUACAAUUUUUUUAAAUAAUAAUAAUUAAACAAACCAAUUUAUAUAUGGCACCUUUUCCAGCCAUGCAGGACUAAAUUUGCAUUUCCCAGGCAAUGCUUUGUCUUCACCAUAACGUCAAUAUACUCCAGGUGUGUGACAGGAGCACUGUUGCCAACAACUUUCAAUGGAAGGUUGCUAAAUGUCGCUAGGUGAUGUCAUGCUCUAAUUAGAAUAUUCAAUACAUAAUCGCAUCAUAUUUGCAUUCUGCCUAGUGUCAGCUCUUUACAUCUGUUUGCUUCUUUCCUACUCCCUGUGCUCACAUACUGUAUUUUAAUACAGCCGAAUUCCCAAUAAAGCUGUUCUUAUUUA